AUGUCAAUGAGUCGUCUUGAUCAAUUAAUUUAUAUUCCAUUACCUAAUGACGAAUCACGAGUGGCUAUUCUAAAAACUUCUUUAAGAAAAUUAUCUGUAGCUAAAGAUGUUGAUAUGGAUUACUUGACUAUUCUACAAGAGAAUUCAUUGAAAAAAAAACAACAACAUAUCUGUUCAACAACAAUGGAUUCUGGUGAGCCAGCUCCAGUACCAGAAAUUCGUCGUGAUCAUUUUGAUGAAGCUAUGAAAUUUGCUCGACGAUCAGUUAGUGAUAAAGAUAUAAGUGAAUAUGAAAUAUUUGCUACAAAAUUACAACGAGAUUUUCAAGGUUUUCCAACAGAAUAA